AUGAGUCGUGAACAAACAAAAGCAGCGCAUUACAUUCAGCUCCUGGACACAGCUCGUUGUGAAGGUAGUUGGGAUACAGUGCCAGAGCUUGUCAGGAAGGUUAGGAAACAUGCACCUACGCGGAUAUGCCUCACGUUGACCGCAGAGACUGAACACGCAGUUACACAACAUACUCUCAACUCAACUACCUCUUCCACGACGCGCCCAUCGACAGCAGGUUCUACAUCCUCGGAUCUCUCCAUAUAUAUACCGCCCCUCCUAGAAGCUAUAGCGAACGAGCGGCAAUAUGUCGAAGAUGAUUUCCAGGCGCAGGUCUGUAUUGGUUGGAUACAUUGGAAUCUUGGGGAGCAUGCUCUGGCAGCCUCAAGUUUACCUGAGAGUAUAGAAGCGGAAUUUUCACAACUUGAUGGAACCAACAAAGAAUCAAAUGAAUGGACAAAAGUGUGCGCACUCAAGGCCUCGUUUAUUAAAGGGGAUUCGCAACGAAGGACUGGACAUGUGUCAGAAGCAUUAGAGACGUUCGACUCCGCUCUACCUAUACUGGCAAGUAUAUCACCUGCACCACAAGCUGCUGGCCAAACAGAAUUAAAUGCUUGGAUUGAGGAGUUAUUGGCAGGAUCUUGCAUGCUAUCAAGUCAUGCUAUCAAAACAAGGACAUCCCCGAUACUCGAGACCGAAACGUUAUCAGCCUUUCGCGCUUGGGCAAGAUUUUGGGAAUGGGCCCCAACAAGGCCGCUAGGUCGUGCACUGAAUGCCGGAGUCUCGAGGCGACAGGUAUGGAGAGAAUACUACAUCACAUUAUCGGAUCUACUCCAACAACAAUUACCAUUUCCCACCACAGCUUUGACCACCGCAUACCCUGAAUCAUCAUCGAAACUACUGCAACGAGCAGAAUUGAGGCGAGUAGAGAUUCGCUACGAGGAACUGUUACUGAGUGAAGUACAAUUUCCGAAGGCGGAAGAACCAAGUGAGGAAGUCGAAUCUUUCGUUGAAGUAGUGAUGCAAAACUGGAGAAUUUUGUGUGGGAACAUAUGGCCAGAACAUGAACUUGGCGAGGGAGGAGCAGAGGCAGUUAGUAGGGGUGUUUUGGACAUCCUAUACAACGCUGCAACCAAGACGUUCCAUUCAACGCCGAUUUUGCGACAUUUAUUUACUGUUCAUGUUGCAGUCGCGGAAUUUGAUUUAGCAUUUAAAGCAUUUGAUACCUAUUUGGAGAUUGUGAAAAGAGGGAAAGCUCGGGUGGAGAAGACUGGGGAAUUGGAACACGGUUUAGAUGAUGACGAAACAGUUUUAAAGACAGCCGCUGAGUGUAUCAGGGCUUUAUGUCGAUAUGGCUCAAGACCAGGAGCAGAGAAGGCGAAAGACCUUGGUCACUUUUUUGAGGAGUGGUUGAGUAAAAACCAUCCCCCCGAUGAGCGAAAUGGAACCGAGCGACUGAUUGAAAAUGGCACCUCGAUGGUUUCAAGCACUAUAAUAUCGCCAAAAACAUUUGCCAUAGCUUGGCGUUCAAUCGGAAUCGGCUAUGCACAAUGGGCACGAUUCACAUUCGAUGCAUCUUCGAGAGGGAUCAUUCAAUUGAAGGCUAUAAAAUGCUUUCGUAGGGCUCUUCUCCCAGAAUAUGAGAGCACGGCAGACGUUGAAACGCUUUUUGCAUUGGGCACAAUCCUUGCAGAACGCAGAGAGUUAUCUACAGCGAUCGAAGUCGUGAAAAUCGGGCUUACUCCUCUGCGUGCUAAUAUACCAAAUGGCCAUGGCUCACACGUCGCGACCAAAUUUUCACGAGAAAGAACUCUGAUACCGUUAUGGCACCUUAUGGCUUUACUUUUGAGUGCACGACAAGAUCUCCUGACUGCAGUGAGAUCCUGUGAAGGAGUCUUUGACCAAUUUGGAGAGUCAAAGAACCUAUAUGGAGAAUCUAAACUUGAUGGUUCAUUUCGAAGUGACCACCUAAACUCUGCCGAAAAGUCCACGGAGCGAAACCGAGGCUUAGUGGAUGAAAUGGAUGACUUUGAGAAAGAAAACCUUUUGGAGGUUAAAAUGACACAAUUGUCACUCAUAGAAGUUCUCGAGGGCUCUGAAGUUGCAGUCAAUUGCAGUGAUGAACUUUUAACUCUAUACACGAGACUGUUUGGCGACCCUUCUAAAGAAGCUGCUCCUCCUUCUAUAGUUGUUCAAGACACUGCAUUAGCACGUCCAAAGAGCUCCGCGGGAACUCUUAGAACCAUGAAAGGAAGUAUAUUUGGACGAUCUCUGAAUAGAUCAAUGCGGAAGGAUAUGGCGGCUUCGAUGGAGCAGAGCACAAUCUCUCACAGGCCAGACACCGCACACACCAUGAUUCAUAGAGCACCCACUAUUCAGGUCACCCAGGAGAAUGGUACCGCCGGGAGACAUCACCGUCGACGCUCUGGAGAUCAUCAUGAAAAGCUUCAUAAGAAAUCAAAUGUCAGAAACCCAUCUCAGAACCCAAACAGCAGUUCCAGUGUAGGAAGGACACGGCAGAACGACGGAGCUGCAGUGGAAAUAGAUACACAGAAUCGAGAAGAUUAUUUAGAAGAGAGCUCAAAAUCAUUACGUCAAGCCUCGCAGCAAUUGGAACAUAAAGAGCCGGGUUUCAAACCAACAAAUUCCAAUUAUGCCGUGGCUCAAGACAUUCGUCUGCCGAUUACUCCGUAUUCAUCGUCACUAAGUCCCACAACACGGUUUUCCAAAGACUCUGAGAGGCGACGGAGGAUAUCGACACUAGUUAAAGUAUGGUUAUUGAUUGCUGGAUUUUAUCGGCGAGCAACCAUGUACGAAGACGCUAAAGGUGCGAUUGAAGAAGCGCACAAGUUGGUUUAUGGACUAGAGAUAGAUGUUCUCAACGAUCCAACAGGCUCCGCGUCGUUUGACCAUCCGGGCUGGGGAGGUGGAAAGAGUGUGGCUGAAUUAUGGGGCGAUGUUUUCUCAGAGCGCGGCUAUCUCUUCAUUGAUCAAGCUUCGCCAUAUACAGCACUCGAACAUUUUGAGGCUGCUUUAAGCCACUUUGCAGACCACCCUGCUGCAACUGUUGGGUUGUCCGAUAUUCUGCUCGACAUUUAUACUGAGGACAUCCUUCCCCUACCCACUAUACCAGCUCUAGUUCUUCCCACACUCUCUACCAGUACUCCCUCAGCCUCUACCCUUAAUACCUCAGCUCAAUCUCACUCCCAUCAAUCAUCAACACACCCUCAUUCGACUUCCGGACCCCUUGGUCUUCCACUACCUACCCCUCUCCAGCGAGACAUUCUCACAGCCUCAGAAAAGAAUCAAACAGCCCAACUCGAUCGACUAGCAGCUCGCGACCGUGCAUAUGGACUAUUGUCCGGCUUAACAAAGCUAGGUCCCGGUUGGAAUUAUUCAGAAGCAUGGUAUUCGUUAGCCAAAGCUUAUGAGCUCGGUGGACAAAAGGAUAAAGCGAGAGAGGUGCUCUGGUGGUGUGUGGAACUAGAGGAAGGAAGGGGCUUGAGAACUUGGGAUGUGGCAAGUAGUGGGGGCUAUGUGCUUUAA